AUGGGUAGCGCCAGCGACGGCAAUGGAAAAGAUUGCAUAGAGAGAAAGCUGAUUAGACGACUGCUAGGCUACUUUCGGCCGUUGGUAUGCCAUAACAAAGAACUUUACUCGGAAGUGGACAUGGUGUACCGGCGGAUGACACGUGGAAAACGUCAACAUCUUGCCCGGUCUUCUGAAGUAGCCAAGGAAAACCGUCUUCGCUUCUUUGGUCACGUUAUGAGGAGACCGACUGAUCGUCUUGCCCAAGUAGUCCUAAGGAUGCUUCCAGAUCCUAAUUGGAUUAGGCCUCCUGUUCGUAAAAGAAAGUUCUGGACGGAGGUGGUGAGGACACAUGGCGUUGACAGUCAGUUCAGUCGAGACGUGAAAUUCCGCCGAUUGCGGAAUAGCGAUGGAUGGGUAGAUUCUAUGCGAACUCUAUCUGAGGAUCGAACAGGAGGAGCUCGGAUACGUUCAAGGACGACGCACCCUGGAGAAGAUGCGGAUAGCCGCGCUAGGCCGUAA